AUAACAGAAAUGUCAUCCCCUUCUACAAUCAGUAAUACUUCGUCACACCCAAGCUCUAUACCCGAGCCGCUCCACAACCUAAUCACCCGGGGACUUCUCAGUAUCACUGAAGGCGAAGAGCUACUCUCGAAGUUCCGCACAGAAUUGAUGCCCCUGUUUCCAUUCGUCAUUGUACCCGAAGCGAGCUUUGUCGAACUGGGCAAGCAGUCUCCAUUCCUUCUCCUGUGCAUAAUAACAGCUUGUCUCGAGCAUAGACCCGAUCUACAGCAAAGACUAGAGCUCGAAGCACGAGCUGUGAUCUCGACCCGCAUAGUCAUGAACAUGGAGAGGGACAUGGAUCUAUUCCGGGGGUUACUGGUCCAUAUCGCAUGGUAUCACUAUCACUGGCGCGCUUACCAUACCCAGGUGUACAUGCUUUUGCAGGUGGCGAUGGCCAUCGUUGUGGACUUGGGACUGGAUACAUGCGACAACUUCAGAAUGCAGCGCCACUAUCCCGAAGAAAAAGAGGCGGAGGAACCACACAAAGCUCAAGCGCUCUAUCUGACCCCUGACGGACAGCGUGCCUUCUUAGGGUGCUAUUAUCUAUGUUCCAAGGCCUCGAUAUUCCGGCGACAGCUCAUCAUGAAACACACGGACUGGGUCGACUACUGUGCCCACAGCUUAGGGCAAAGGGCGGAGUAUCCCACGGACCAGUCUCUCAAAGCACUAAUUGAGAUCCAAUCGCUUGCUCGGCGAUCGGAGCUGGAGGUCGAAGACCCUAUCCAUGCGAUGGGCACGGACGAACUGUCCCAGUCUAUGGACAUACUUGAGAAUCGGAUCGAGCACCUUCUCGUGCAGAAAACACAAUGUAAUACCUGGGCCCUGCGCUUGGAGCUCAAUGCAAUGCCGGCCAUUUAUGAGAAACAGCAACUCCUGACCAUCGCGCGUUCCGCGUUCAACACCGUGACAGUAUUCCUCGCAUCGCCGGCUUCAGUCACCCCCAACCUCCCCAUGUUCAGCUACACAUCCAUCUGGUACGGCCUGCUGGUCUUAUCGAAGCUGAGCCUACUCUCGGAUGCCGCGACGAAAGGCAAGGCAGUCGACGUCCGUCCCAAAGACAUCCACAACCUCGGCCUGGCGGCUAUGCAGAAGAUGGAGACAAUGUCCCGGAACGAUGACGUUUGGGAUAAUUGCCGUGCAGUGAUCGGAUCCAUGCUCUCAUGGUUGGAGAGCAGUCGGGCACGGCCCCAUUCCACACCAGAUCGAGGAGAUACUAGAACACCAUCUACCCAGCACGCUGAGAACGCUCCUAUCUCACCGCAACCAACACCCGACGAUCACCCUCGAGCCCCAGGGUUCGCGGCGGCGGUGGCCGAAGAUUGGGAUGCGACCGUAUGGCAGCAGAUGUUGCACGAUUUGACCUGGAUCGGGCUACCGGUGGAGCAGCCGUUCGCCGUAGAUCUAGCCUACUUGCCUUGA